AGCUUACCUAGUCUUAUAGAGCCUGUAUGCAAGAUUCCCGUCCCUUGGCAGAAUUCUUACUGCCUUGGCAACACUUUGACUUGCUAUCCUGCUAGCUCUAACCAUCCCUUCACAUAUUAUCAGCUAGCUAUAUUUGGUUUUUUACGCAAGCCGACCCCUCUCGGUCUCCCAAAGCGGACAUUAUACGAACCAUUUAUUCGUCGGGGGUCGUACGCCUCUCGCAGCGUACUUCCCUCCCUAGCAUCGUCACUUUCAAGCCUUUAGCCACAUUUUAUGCAAGGUUCUUCGAGAACACCUGUGAGUAGAAUCCAGAUCCCUGGUGAAGUCUGGAGAGGCGUCAAGGAUGGAAUAAGCUUCUGGGCCAAGAAUAAGAAGGCUGCUGUUCCUCGUAUGCAAGAGACAUACUUCCAAGAUUUCAGAAACAGUCUUUUGUCUUCCAUAUCACGAACAGCCAAAUUACCACAGGUUGCUAUCAUUGAUCCAAUGGUUAUGAAUGAAUACUUUGCCAGUCCCAUGACCAAGAGUCCUGAGAUUCAAGACUGGACAGUAGGUACCCUUUCUUUCCAAAUUAUACAAUUUAUCUAAUUUAUAAUGCCAGAACAACUGGAUGACUCCCCGACAACCUUGGGAAUCAAAAAUGGGAGGUGAUAUGCAUAUCUGGCAAUACACUCAGGCCGCUCUGAACCAAAGAGAACUUCCACAAUCAUAUUUCCCACUCGAGUCUCCUUUAUCGUCACAAUAUCCCCAAUCAGCCUGCUCUUCUGCGAUUCAAAGCCCCCACAUACCAGAAUUUCCCGCUGAAUCUGCAUUCCCACAUACUCCUACGAGCUUCGAGCCUCCAAGACCAAAUCUCAAACGCUCUCGACGUAGCGAAAGUGCAGAUCAAGAGGAAGAGAUGAACCUGGAAGAUGAAGAUUCGGACUAUGCUUGGGACACGAUAUCAGGCCCUCCGCCCUCAAAAUCUGCAGUUCGAAUGAUCCAUCGGAGAACUCAGUCUGCUACAGAACAAACUUCGAUAAAACUCGCAAAAAAGGCCCAUACGGUAGUGGAGAAGAACUAUCGAGAGAGGCUGAAUGACAAGAUUGCGGAUUUGGCAGUUUAUCUUUUCGAGACAAGUUCUGAUGGUAUGUUCAUGAAUUCUCUUUCUAUUACCAGACUUUGUUCAUUAACAGUCCCUCCUUCCCCCUUGUUAUCCUAAACUUCUUCUUCUUCUUUGGCUAACUUCUUGGAAGCACGUGCCAAACCAUCAAAAUCACUCGUUAUGACAAGAGCCAAAGAAAGACUGAAGCAACUCGAAGCAAAGAAUAAAGCACUUGAAAGCGAAGUGGCGAAGCUGCGACAGCAGAUUGCGAUCCAUGAUCAUGUAGCUGCCGCAGAGAAACAGAGGUGUUUGGAUGAGAUUAAGACCGAGGCAAGAUCGUAACGUAGUCCUGUUGAACUUCAUGUGGUUUGAUAUCCUGUGUACAAAUAUAUGGUGUUUAGAGGAGUACUGGUAGUCAAUGGGGGUCUGGGUCUGGAUUUGGCGUUUGAAAGGUGGUGUCAAUUGCUUUUGGUGUAUGAAAUUAUA